UGCACAGAGAAAAAGGAAACGAUGGUGUCACACACUCUUCUUCCAAGAGCGAGAAGCUCUAUAUAGAUCUCACAACUCAACAAACCAUUUCAGAUUUCACUUCACCAAAACGGUUAGGGUUUCAGAGCGAAAGCGAAAAUCGCAAUGGGAGAACGAAACGGUUUCCCUGUAGCUUCAUCGCUUCUCGUUCUCUUCUUCGUCUUCAUUGCUUCUUCUUCUUUGCAGUUCGUUCGCGCUUCCGAUGAUGCCGUAGACGCGAUCUUCUACGAGUCGUUUGAUGAGGAUUUUGACGGGCGUUGGAUUGUGUCAAACAAGGAUGAGUACCAAGGUGUCUGGAAGCAUGCUAAGAGUGAGGGGCAUGAUGAUCAUGGACUUCUCGUUAGCGAACCAGCAAAGAAAUAUGCUAUAGUUAAAGAACUUGAUGCACCUGUCAACUUUAAGGAUGGAGUAGUUGUUCUUCAGUUUGAGACUCGCCUCCAGAAUGGACUAGAAUGUGGUGGUGCUUAUAUUAAAUAUCUUCAAACCCAGGAUAGCGGGUGGAAAGCCAAGGAAUUCGAUAAUGAAUCUCCAUAUUCUAUCAUGUUUGGUCCUGAUAAGUGUGGGGCUACAAACAAAGUGCAUUUCAUUUUCAGGCAUAAGAAUCCAAAGACUGGAAAGUAUGUUGAACACCAUCUCAAGUUCCCCCCUUCUGUCCCAUUGGACAAACUAUCUCACGUGUACACUGCUAUUCUGAAGCCUGAUAAUGAGUUGAGCAUUUUGAUUGACGGGGAGGAGAAGAAAAAGGCAAAUAUCUUAUCUUCUGAGGAUUUUGAGCCUUCUCUAAUCCCUUCCAAGACAAUCCCAGAUCCUGAUGACAAGAAACCUGAGGACUGGGAUGAGAGAGCCAAAAUUCCCGACCCAGAUGCUGUGAAGCCAGAGGACUGGGAUGAGGAUGCACCCAUGGAAAUUGAAGAUGAAGAAGCGGAGAAACCUGAAGGAUGGUUAGAUGAUGAGCCAGAGGAAGUAGAUGACCCAGAUGCAACAAAACCAGAAGAUUGGGAUGAGGAAGAGGAUGGUGAAUGGGAAGCCCCAAAGAUUGAUAACCCAAAGUGUGAAGCAGCCCCUGGUUGUGGUGAGUGGAAGAGACCAACCAAGAGGAAUCCAGCUUAUAAGGGAAAAUGGAGCGCUCCCCUCAUUGAUAAUCCCAGUUAUAAGGGUAUUUGGAAGCCUCAAGAGAUUCCAAACCCUGAAUACUUUGAACUUGAGAAACCUGAUUUUGAGCCUAUUGCUGCUAUUGGCAUUGAGAUUUGGACAAUGCAAGAUGGCAUACUAUUUGACAAUAUUCUGAUAGUUAAAGAUGAUAAGAUCGCAGAGUCCUAUCGGGAGACAACAUGGAAGCCCAAGUUUACCAUUGAGAAAGAGAAACAAAAGGCUGAAGAGUCCGCGGAAACCGCAUCAGAUGGUAUUGCAGGACUCCAGAAGAAGGUAUUUGACCUCUUGUACAAGAUUGCAGACAUUCCCUUCCUCAGUGAACACAGACCUAAGAUAUAUGAUCUCAUUGAAAAGGCCGAGAAGCAACCAAAUCUAACUAUUGGAGCUAUUGUAGCCAUUGUGGUCGUCUUCCUGACCAUUUUCUUCAGGCUCAUUUUUGGUGGGAAGAAACCUGCUCCAAAGGUGGUGGAGAAGAAGAAAACAGAACGCCCAGAAGCUUCCACUAACCAAGCUAGUGGAGAGAAUGACGAAAACAAAGAGAAGGAGGAUACAUCUAACGCUCCGCGUAGAAGGACAAGGCGAGACACUUGAAUGGUUGCACGCACAACUUGAAAGGGGCGACCUAUUAUUCUCACCACAGAUAAAUUUUGUGCUUAGUUGGAUUUUGUAGGUGCACUUGGUUUACAUUCAUUCUUCUCUUUUUCUUGAAGAAAAAAAAAGAUUAUAUGCUUAAGGAAUGUAGAUGUUCUCCUUUUUGGGGACUUUAGUGUUUUGCUAAUUGAAGUUGUACAAUUAACUUUUGUAUUUGUUUUUCUAGCAAUGGAUUCUGCUUUUUCAAGUAAACGAAAA